AUGGCCUCCACAAAACCCUCAUCGCAAGUGCCCUGGUUCGAGAUGGAGCCAGCUAAAAUUGGGAUGAAGUCAGCCGAAGCGGUUACAAUAUGGCUGCAAGAGGCCAGAAUACCCUGUGCUUUCAUUGGAGAGGUUGCUUUGGAAAGUUACGGCGUUGAGAUUCCCUGCAGGCUGGGAACCACCCUCAUUGUCGCCGACGCAAAAGUACACGAAGCAGCCGAAGCUCUCCGUGCCAACGGCCUCGAGCCCUGCAAAGGAGGCGAUAAUUGCGACUGGGAGAACGAUGCUAUGACUGAAGAAGCGUCAUCACCAGCGCCCUAUCAUUUUCACCUUGAUCAUGGCCCACAAGGUAACCCUCCGUUUUGGUGUGAGUCGCUCAAAUUGUACAGGAAGUCAGAUAUUGAUCCAAAGCUGCCUGAUCCUGGACUGGAAGUUCCAGGGCCUCAGGAUCGGAACUACAUGGUUGUUACGGACCCUCGCUUGCCGCAACUGGGGCAUUGGAAGAGGAGGACGUAUCCCGUUCAAAUCCUCUCAAAGCCACAAUUUUUCAAGACAAUGUUUAACCAAGCAGUCAAUUGUCCUCCAGAUGGAUUGCCUGAUGAUCACCUCACCCCCUGGGAAUGGAAUGUGUUCCGGCUGAAACAGAUGGGUGAUGGUGGACAGCCGAACAGCCACAUGGUCGAGGGUCUUGAAAUGCCGGCGCGUCGGUACAUUGAGCUCCUCGAUAUGGGAGACCUUAAGCCCAGCCGAGAAUUCAUCGCUCAGGUGAGAGGGGGGAAGGUGUUGUAA